CUUUCAAAUGUACUUUGUGCAGUAGGGGUUCAUCCAUGUACGAUAAGGACAAUCGUCAUCUGAUUCUCAAAGCUUUACUUAAUCGUGAGUCGUAACGAGCCGAGCUCAUCCCCAAUUCAAACCAAACCUCGUUGCUUCCCGUCGGUAGUCGUAUUAAAACCACGGUGCUUAUCGCUGCUGCCCCAUUGCUCGUGAAGCUCCCUCUGUCCGACUCCUGUCACUCGAGUGCCUUGUUUCAGCUCAGUCAUUGUCAAGAAAGAUUCUCUCUCAAUAACCCUUCCAAGACGCCAUCAUGAUUUCCUUCCUAUGUUAGAGAUUCGUUUGUGCUCCAUUGAGCAUCGAACUAUCUCCCUCUCUCUCUCUGUCGUGUUCUAGUGUGUGACGCCAUCUAGCUGGCAAUUGCUUCUGUCCCAUCGAUGUCGAACGAUGUUCUCAACGGCAGAUGAAAUGGUCGUUCAUGAUAAUACUCAAUCGGCGAUCCCCUUGGUCUAAAAUUUGCACAAAUACAUGACCCGAGGAGCGUGGUUUCAAAUCUGUCGUCGAUGGGAGUUGGAUUGGUUUGGGCGCUGCCAAGCAGCACCUACAGCACGAUCAAAACAAGAACGUGAAUGCCAGGGGAUGAGGAUGAUUGAUUUGGGCAGCACGACGGGCUCGAUAGAAAUAAACUCUCGGCCCACCCACUUGAAUUGCGAAUUGUCUUCCGGGAAGAAAAUAUGGAUGGCUUUUCGCUACCUGGUGACUCCAUGCUGUGGAGGUAGUAGAAGGCGCUCGGCAGUCGAGUCUAUGGAUGACGAAGGAACCUUCGAUUCGGCUUCGCUAGGCCACACUGUAACUGGCACAUUUUACGGGUCACGGAAAGGGAGAGUCACUUUGUGCAUCCAGGAAGAUUCCAAAGGGCCUCCACUACUCCUACUCGAGUUUGCCAUGCCGACGUACUCUCUCGUCAGGGAGAUGUCGUCUGGUAUGCUUAGAAUUGCGCUGGAGUGCGAGAAAUCUCCCCCACCCUUCAAAGAUGGUAGAGACGGCAGCAGAUCCCCGGAUCUUCUUUUGGAGCCCGUCUGGAGCUUAUUCUGCAAUGGGAGAAAGGUGGGGUUUGCUAUUAGGAGGCUCAGUUCUGAGACAGAUCGAAAAAUCCUUAAUCUCAUGCAGAGCGUGAGCAUGGGAGCAGGAGUUAUUCCUUUGAUUGAGCGCAAGGUGAUGAUGCCAGAGCAGGAGAUCAUGUACAUGCGGGCACGGUACGAAAGAGCGUGUGGUCGCUCUCCAGAUUCGCUCUCGCUGCACCUGAUAAAUCCCGAUGGAACCCCUGGUCAAGAGCUGAGCAUUUUCCUUUUCAGAAGUUGACUAAGGUUGGGCAGUCAUUUUAGUCUGCUGCAUUGACAUGAGAUGAAGUGUCUCUCUGUCCUCCCACCAGCCUGGGUGGUAGCCGUCUGCUGUAUAGAGAUUAGAAAACCUUCUAUUGAUCCUCCAGAGUCGACUCCAAUCCCCUAGCGACAAUCUGACUUAGCAGAUUGUCCAGCACAAUCACAGUGAGUCGGUGUGCUGGUUAGCGUUUUAUUCAGCAGUUGAGAAGAUAGAGACGAGAAGUGAUUUCAGUGGACCAUGGAACAGUUCAUGAAGAUGUGGAAGGAGAGGAGAGUGCAAAAGAGAGGCUUUGUCCUUCUCCCGUAGAAUAGAAAUGUGUAUGAUUGAAUGAGCUUCAUACGUAUAGAUAAAAGUAUGCCGCUUCUCGAGUUGUACAUUCAGUUCAAUUUGCC